UUCCAAAUCCCACAUCAACAUGUGGGAUUUAUAAGUCCGUGGGGUCCACGGAUUUGGACCCUUAAAAUCCGUGGGCCCCACAGAUUUGGUCUCCAAAAAAAAUGUAAGCAAACAAUGAAUUUUUGUUAAAUCCAUGAUGGAUUGGAUUUGGGUACCAAAUCCAUGAUCCAAAUCCAUGAAGCAAACGACCCCUUAUGGUUUGGUUUCUCAUAUUUUUGUAUGCCUUUUGUGGUUUGCUUUAUCGUGUUUGUGGUUUGCAUUAAGAAGUUUCUAGUUUGCUUUAUCGUGUUUGUGGUUUGCAUUGAGAAGUUUCUGGUUUGCUUUCAAAAAAUUUGUGUUUUGCAUUGAGGGGUUUGCGGUUUGUUUUAGGAGAUUUGUGGUAUGCAUUAGGAGGUUUCUGGUUUGUUUUUGUUGUUUGCUUUAACGUGUUUGUGGUUUGCAUUAUGAGGUUUCUGGUGUGUUUUUGAAAAUUUUGUGGUUUGCUUUGUGAGGUUUCUGGUUUGUUUUAAUAUAUUUUUGGUCUGCAUUAGGACAUUUCUGGUUUGUUUUGGUGGUUUGCUUUACGAUGUUUAUGGUUUGCGUUAUGAGUUUUCUGGUGUGCUUUCAAAAUACUUGUGGUUUGGUUUGUGGUGUUUCUGGUUUGUUUUAGGGAAUUUGUGGCAUGCAUUGGGAGGUUUUUGGUAUGUUCUGUUAUGGUUUGUUUUACCGUGUUUGUAGUUUGUUUAUGAAGUUUCUGGUGUGCUUUGUGGUGUUUUUUAUUUGUUUUAGGAGACUUAUGGUUUGAGCAGCUUGUGUCCGAGCUCCUCGAAUCUCAGGCUGUUCAUGAUCGUCAGGUAGAUGGUCCGACGGAGCUCCACUGCUUCUGUCUCGGUCUUGUCCUUGAUCUCGAGAUCAUCUUCUUCUUCCGAUUCGUCGGAUUCAGAUUCUGAACCGGUGGAUGUUUCUUCUUCUUCUUCUUCUUCUUCUUCGUCCUGAUCGCCGAGAAUGCUCUUCUUUUUCACUUCGAAUUGGGACUCAUGUAGAGCAUAGUCGGGGUCGAAUUUGAACACAUUCCGACCUAGCUCCUGAUCGACGCCCGAAUCGUCGAGAGAAACAUCAUGAGUGAUUUACUGGUCAUCAUCCAAGAGAUCCAGCUCGGGCCGAAUCGCAGGGUAACCUCUGAAAUUCGCCUUUCGAAUUGCGAACAGGCCUUUGAUCAGAAACUGCACUCGCUUGUCGAUCUCCCCCUCGUGCAGGACGUCGCGCAAUCGAUCGAAACACGCGGCCAGUCCUCUCGGCGAGAGGUCGUGAAGGAGCGCUCCGCAUUCCGUCAGGAAGGCGACAGCGAGCUCGACGCGGUCGUCGCUAGGGUUUUCGAGCAGGUGGUGGAGCAGCUCGAGUGCGAGUGUGUGGUGCGCGACUCGCUGGUUCACGAGGUGCGCGACGAACUUCGCAAGCGCGAGGAGCCAACUGAUUUCUCGGCGCGAUUGAACUUCGCAAGCGCUUUCCCUUCCAGUCCAGCCAACUGAGAUUGGUUGCAGACUCCUGUGCUGUCACUUCCUGCGUAGUAGUGGUCGUCGUAGCAGCAGGCGAAGCAGCAGAUGGUUGAAGGCGAUUCUGGGAUCCUUCUCCUCCAACAUCAACCGCGCUACCGCCGCGAAAAACUGCGUCGAAGUCCUCGCCAACUCGCAGCACCGCAGCCGGAGAAGCCCUCCGCUGUUGGGGAGGAGGAAUCAAGAACGCGCGGGGCGUGAAGAGAAGAUCGAGAGUGAUAGAAAUUAGGAUAUCUUAAUUUAAUUUUUAUUUUGUUAGAUAUAUGAGUAUAUUUACCCUUAUACCCUUAAUGAAUCCUGUUGUUAGUA